UAUAUUUAGCCCUGUACACGACGCGCGCUGGAUUAUGCCGGGACUCUCUCGGGUUUCGUCUUGAAGGGGCUGCUGGGUGCUGGGUGCUGGGUGGUGGGAGCCAGCGCUCGCUGCUCAGCCUACUGACUUGCGGCAGCUCCUCAGGUGUCCGGAGUGCAGUUGGCAGCGGCAGGCAGGAGGCACUGAGGGCAGUGGUCGGUGGGCACCAUCAUGGAUGCCCUGGCACUAGAGGCGAAGGGGGACAAAGCUCCCGCUGCGGCUGCCGCUGCGCCAACCAAAAGACCAAAGGCACAGAAGAAAGCCAAGAGGAUCGUUUACUUUGAGGUGGAAAUACUGGACGCUAAGACAAAGGAAAAACUCCUUCUUCUGGACAAGGUGGAGCCCACUGCAAGCAUUCUGGAUAUCAAGUCUAUGUUUCACAAGUCACAUCCACAGAAGUAUCCUGCUAGGCAGUCACUGUGCUUAGACCCAAAGGGGAAGUCGCUGAAGGAUGAAGAUGUCAUUCAGAACCUCCCCAUAGGCACCACGGCCACGUUCUACUUCAAGGACCUGGGAGCACAGAUCGCCUGGGGAACAGUGUUCCUGUUGGAGUGUGUUGGACCUCUGCUCAUCUACCUGAUGUUCUUCUUGAGGAUCCCUUUCAUCUACUCUCCCCGAUACGACUUCACCACCCCCAAACACGGGGUCGUGCACCUGGCCUGCAUGUGCCACACCUUCCACUACGCCAAGAGGAUCCUGGAGACCAUGUUUGUCCACCGCUUCUCCACGGGCACCAUGCCCCUACGCAACAUAUUCAAGAAUUGCUCCUACUACUGGUUCUUUGCAGCAUGGAUGGCUUAUUACAUCAAUCAUCCGUUAUACACGCCGCCAAUGUAUGGGGAGCAGCAAGUCAAGACGGCUCUCAUGAUAUUUCUGUUCUGUCAGUUAGGAAACUUCUCCAUCCAUAUUGCAUUACGCAACCUCAAGCCACCUGCUGUGCUUUUAGCAGGCUCGAAGGUGAAGAAGAUCCCUUAUCCGUCUAAGAAUCCGUUUACGUGGAUAUUUUGGGUGGUGUCCUGUCCAAACUACACAUAUGAGUGUGGCUCAUGGGUGGGCUUCACGGUGAUGACCCAGUGUGUUCCCGUAGCCAUCUUCUCCCUCGUGGGCUUCAUCCAGAUGGCAGUGUGGGCGCGGGGGAAGCACCGCAGCUACCUGAAGGAGUUCCACAAUUACCCCACCCUGCGUUCCUCCAUCCUGCCCUUUAUCCUGUGAGCAGGGGUCAGCAACGCCAGGCCAGGCCACUCGCAGAGGAGUCCUCAUGGGGGCCCAUGUAUAGGGGAAGGAUCCUCUGCUGUUGCCACCACACCACACUUCCAUCAAGUGGAGAGGAUUGCUGACCAGAAUACCACCCUGCCUGUCCCCCUUUGGUUCUCUUCCGUUUCCAGACUUUUAGCAAGAAAUGUUGGAGUCAACUAUUGGACAAAGAAUGUACGGUAUUUCUAGGUUACUUUGCUCAUGUCUAAAUAAAUCUGUUUGUAGCCUUA